AGUACAGUAAAACUAGUACUACUUCUAUCAAAGAAGUUGUGUUCCACAUACUUCCAAAAAUGCGUACAAUAGGUUCCGUAAUGUAACUUUUUCACGCACGUCUAUUUCGCAGGAGGUGGCAAGUUGAUCUUGAUCAGUUACUCUCUUGAUUUCUUGACCGAAAGCAACGCAUUUCCUGAUGGUUCAUGCGUGAUUAUGGUUUACAACUAAUUCUAAGUAAAAUUAUACGGAAAAAUUGCGACUCAUGAUGGCUCCUCAACAUGUUUGCGCGAUUCUCCAUGCGACAUGAUCCUGUCUCACCCUGCAACAGCUUGUUGCGAUUAGCCAGCUGCUGUGCUGGUGAAGGUCGAAGCAGCACUUGAACAGCCGCACUUGGAAAGCAGCACUUAAAGAGCAGCACUUGCAACACAUCGCUGGCGGAUACCAUCAUCAAGUUGUUGUGACAGGGUCGCGCGCGAACAUAGUAAUAAGAAUAAUAAUAAUAAUAAUAAUUCCAUUCGACAUCGCAGUCAGGGAGAACAUUUACAUCCUCUUCGCAUUUCUCGAUAGAUUUGUCACCUCGAGCGACUUGUGUCAGUCGCUACGGGUCUGCCCUGGUAAAUGGAGAUCAUCUCGCGCUGCACCAAUCCUGGCACUAACUACGUUUGGAGGUGACACUGGUCGUGUAUCGAACGCUGGCUGGGCACCCAUAGUAUUGCCGUUAGAAGUACACAAGUGAUCACGGACUACAAGCUAUAUUGGGUGAAAAACGACUACAACAUCAACAAAGAACUGAAGAGGACCGACUAAGUAAUUGAUAGAUAGUUACCAUAGUACUACAUCGCAUACGCAUCGAAACCAUGGAUCGGCGAAAGAAUUCACGACGCGAUGACUCCAGGCGGCAAAGACAGCGCUCCCCGCGACAACGCUCGCGAAGGAGAGACAGUCGUUCGCCGAGGAGACGGAACAAGUCCUCCCGUGGUAUUUUGAUUGAUAAACUUUAAUUCGUGAUGUCGUGGUGAACAUGAUGUUGGAAAUAUCUUGUCGAAGCAUUAGCUGCUAACAUCCAAGUCAUUAUUUUUUCGAGAACUUAUAGUUCAUGUUGUAGUGUAACAACGUGACUCUCAUCCAAGUUCUCUCUUCUGCAUUCAACAUCUUCUCUCACUCUCAACUGGCUAUCUCAAUCCUGAUCUAUCCAGGACGCCGAUCGCGAGACGAUCGAAGGGGACGUAGAGGAUCUGACACGCGUAGGGGUGAUGGGGACCGAAAUAAUGGUGCCGCAAGUAGUAUGAUGAGUAAAGCGUCCAAUAUGAGCGGAGGGCCAGGGGGAAGUAUGAUGGGUGGCAGUGCAUCAUCUUCAACUGGUAAUAACAACAAUAAUGGUAAUCGAGGAGGUGGCGGAGGUAAUAAGAAGAGAGGAGGAAAGAAAAGGGACAAAAAAGGCAACAAGAAGCAGCAUCAGCGAGGAAACCCAACGUUCUCAGAAGGCCAGAAACUGACGAAAUUCUUCGUCACGAAUAACGACUGCGCAAGAAUACUUGGGCAAAAGGCGAAGAUCAUGAAGGAGAUUGAGGCGGAUUGCGGUGGCGAUAUCAUGGUCCAAAACCGAAAGGACGCAGACAAAACAGGCCAGGAAUUCAGGUAUUUACCAAUCAAAUUUUUGCAAGUGCAUAUGGCUUGUCAUAACUUUAGACCCUCCAGUCGUUCUUACCGUUUUUUCCUUACAAAGAACUACAACAGUGACAAGAAUCAAAGUACAGUUGACUUUUAGAAGUUAUAGCACUACGCACUUACAGUACUACGCACCAUACUGAUGCAAGAAACUAGUGAUAGGCGAGUCCCUUUCUGAACACUGCGUCCGCGGCAAAAUGCGGAUGAGCUGACGAUCUUUUACGCAAACGCAUACACCGCCAGGUACAUUCAAAUCAUCGGCCUAGAAGUGCAAAUACAGCGAGCUGAGGAAAUGUUCCUGCCUUGGGUCGACUACUUUGCAAAAGAGGACGGGUCUGUGGUCAAAGACGUGCGCGGAACAGAUAAAGUUAUGGUGGUGGGUAUUUCUUUCAAAUUGUCACUCUAUCGUGGCCACACACUCUGCGCGCGCUGCUACCGGCCGAAAUACUGCAGCGACCCACUCGAGCCUAGCGGACUCGCGACGCGCUCCCACUGGCCUAAGCGAUGGCGCUAAGGCUGCCGAGGCUGAGCCGCCGGCACAAGGUCAAGAGCCGGAGGAGCUGGCGCGGGAUCACAUGAGGGCGGGCACCACGACCAGCGGGGGCAGACGUCCGCGCACGUCACUGCGGUAGCUCCUAGGCGACAAGAAGGCGAGCACGGAGAAGACUAGCAAGCGCAACCCCUGCGCGACUAUGAAAGGCCCCGCGCGACCGCGCGCAUCCUCUGCAGGUAGCGACGGCGGAGGAAACCACGCGGCGCACCAUCAGCCAGGAGCUGGAGCGCCACCACAAACGCAAACCGCGAGGGAGCACCGGGGCGCUGGCAAGCCCAAAAGGGCGCCACGCUACAGCGCGCAGCGACUGGGCGCGUGGUCUUGCCAGUGUCGCAGAGGAUUCGUAGCAAAGUGGUGGGCCUAGUGGAUAGCACUAGGGAGAAGCGCGCCGGGCGGCCGCGUCAUCUCCUCCCUCGUGCCCGGGGCCCGGGUGUGUGUCGCAUCUGCGGGCGGCUUUUGUCUUUGGCUGGUGUGUUGGGUGGGUGUUGCAGGUGCCGCCGGCUAUAGAAACCGCCCCGCCAGUCGUAAAUUUUUACGCACUUCACGAGACAACAAACCAGGCGCGCGCGAUGGCGGCGGCCAGAAGGCGCGCGGCUUCCAGAGAGAGACUGUUUGAAGAGCUCCGCAGCCCCCGCGUGUCGGCUGAGAACGGGAAGCGGAAGGCCGCAUGGACAGAGCUUGAGGACCACUGCGCAGGACGUGCCGCGCUCCUCUGGUGUCGCGUAAACGACAUGAUGGAAGCGCCAGCAGGCGCGGCGCCAUGGUCUGGAUGAAAGUGAAAAGCCCCGGCGUGCGCUACUGUGGACCGGCUUACAGUUUCCGCGUUUCUUUUACUUGAUUCUUCGCGGAUUUUCAGAGGAGGGCGCCCCCCGUAGCGGGUGGGCCCCCCCCGGAUAAGGACAAGGCACGCGCCGCCUCGGGGCGGCCCCUUGUUUUCCGUCUCGGCUUGCCGCCGCCCCCUGGGCGUGUCCCUUUCGCUCUGGACGGGCGCGCCCCUCCUUGCUCUGUGGAGCUACUUGGCCCACGCCAUCUGCUGAAACUCGCGAGGGCUCCACUGAGGGGGCACGAAUCUGUCGACAUGAUGGCUGCUAAGCUUCUCAAGCUAGUGCCCCUAUGGAGCCCUUGCCAGUCUGAAUGGACUACCUAGCACUGUGUGUCUGGUAGUGCAAUCGUGGCAAGCUAAGGAUGGAGCACCAUCAUCAAAGGUCUGACGUCUUCGGCUAUCGUCGUUGCAUGCUGUUUCGUGGGGAUUUCAUGGGCUUGCAAGUCUUUCAUCUUCAAGCAUUCGCACGCUGGCGCUUCUGGUUGAAGUGGUGCGCCAUGCCAUUGAGCCAGAUCAUUUGCUUCCCAUUGAUGCAGAAGGAUCCCUUUGGUUGCUUCAGAUCCUGAACACUCGACUAACCUCCUAGGAUCUCACCCCCUGAAGUGACGCCAGAGAGUAAGAGCAAGGGGUCGCGGGAUCGUGUGAACGCUCUGACUCAGUCGGCCUGAAGUCCCCCCCUUUUUUUUAUCUCACUCUCUAGAAUCGCACUACCCUUGUAAGCAUCAGGCUGCAUAACUUGUGCCAGCUCUAAUCUACCUCUUGGAAGGCCCCAAAAUGCCGCGGGCAACGGCGAUAGUGACGCACCCCGGCGAAUACGACUCUUCUUGGAAAUCAAAAACGAAGAAAUAGGUCGAAUAGUUGGAAAGCGAGGCACGCUCAUCAGGGAAAUGGAAGUACUGCACCUGAUCCAUGAUCUCUCAGAUUAUUUUUUGUUCGACUACUCUUACUUCAAGAACUAUAGGGGUAGUAGUUUUAUAAUCGUUUAUUUUUUUUGUAGUAUUCAAUCAGAUCUCCAUAUCUGUUAUUCAUAUCAAAGACAACCAAUUGCGAACUAACCCCUCAAAAACUACGGAUACAACCAAUACUAUUGUUUACUAAAAAUAAGCACUACAAGUACUACUACUCUCACCUACUACAGGAGGACACGCAGACCAAGAUAGAGAUCGAUAAGUCGGCGAAUGUAGUAGAGAUUAGUGGCGACUCGAAAGAAGCCUGCGAACAGGCACAAAACUCGAUACUCCACGAAGUCUCGUGGUGUCGAAAUCGAGACACCGGUGAGGUCCUCAAGCGGGACAGCUAUCCAGGUAGAGGUGGAGAGCAAACAAGGUAAAUAUUUCGUUACUAUUUGCGAAUUUUGACGCACACGCGACUACCUAUGACAAUUUCGUGAAGUUUAAGCAUCCAAUUUGCUCUUGAGAAGUCAAAGCCUGCUCAGCAGGUCUAGUACUGUGUGCAAACUUCUAUACAGGUACAACGACGACCCGGUAGUUUUAUUGAUUCUCGACAAGGAAGCGGGUCGCGUCAUCGGACGUGGUGGCGAAAUCAUUCGCGAGAUUAUGGAUCGAUCUGGCGCAGAUGUUAGGGUUGAAAAGUCUGAAGCAAUAUGUGGCGACAACGAUGUAUACCAGAUACCCAACGAACGCCGGGUUGAGGUACUACCUAUACGCUUCUCGAAACCCUACUAGCCGUUGUUUCCUCAUCUUCUAUCACCUUCACUAUUUUUGAGACCUCUCAGUAUAACUUCCAACAAUAAAUUCUCCUAUCACCCUUAUUAACUUUAUAAGGUCUUCGGCCGCAAUCAGAGGAUGAAGGAAUAUGCUAAAGAGCUAAUUUUGGCAGAAAUUGGCUUCGCCAAGGAUGAAUUUGGAAAUAUCAUCAAAGACGACCCAGAGUUUGAAGAUCGGGAGAGAAAACGCAAGGGGCUUUCGAAGUUAUGAUUACAGAGAAAUAGGACUAAGUGACUCAUGAUCUUAUCAACAGAUUAAAGCUCCUCAUGAUGUUCGUCUUUUAAAGUGAGAAUGAAGAGAUUUCAUUGCUUGAUGUUGGUACAGACUCAUCGAGCUACUACAGACGCCAUAAGGCUGAUUAUCACCAGCAAAUUAACUCAAUUUCUAACUCUCGGUCUCGGGAAACGCAUGCCAAGUAUUGGUGCAUGGGUUUGCGGCUACUGCGCAGGUGACCAUAGAUCAAAGGACUGCCCAGCCCACAUGCAGAACCAGACUACGCUUCAAAUGCUGCAGCUCCUCGGCUUCAAUAUGCUCCCCAGCCCAAUACCUUCCAUGAAAAACACUGGCAUGUACAAACCAAUGUUUUUGAUGUCCUUGUUUUGAUGCUCUUCCUAGCUGACGGCGUCAUGAAAUAGAACACUAGUAUGUGUAUGUAGUACAAGUGAUCUACGUCUUAAUCUUGUUACUGACGUAAGUAACUUACACAUUUCCACGCCACCAUGAGUACUGUCGAUUCCCUACUAAAACCAGGCUCGCACCACCAGGAAAUCAGAGUACGCCAGCGGCACUCUUAGGUCCCGGCAUGCCUGGAUUUAUUGCCCCCUUGCCACCCGGUCUCUACGACGCUCCGCCAUCGACAAUUAUCAACGCUUACCCCGCAGUUAACCCUCAAUGUACUGACUACUAACUCACUUACUCCUUGUACUUGCUUAUACACUGUGAUGAUGCAGCCGCUUACAACUCGCACCUUCUUCUGCGAAGAUGUCUGAUGUAAGUCUGCUAGCGCCAUUUUUGUCUGAGAACAGGGCUCGCAGAAGCAGAGGAAGUUCAAUUCUCUCACAAACAUCAAAUGAACCUCUCAGUUAUGCAUACUGGUCUAUCCGAUGACGAUGGGGCUAAAAGAUACGAGGAAAGUAGCGACGACUCCAGUGACGACUCCAGUGAUGUUAUGCUAGAACACAACCUAGUGGAAGUACAGUGGUAGAAAGUCGUGGUAGACAAGACUUCUAAGUAUGCAGUUACAAUAGCUCCCUAUUCUUUCAGCUAAGAGCCAGCUGAUCUCCCUAUUCCCCUUUCAGCUCUGGUACAGACAAGAUGAUCUCCCUAGUCCUCUCAGCUCAAAACGUUGAUUUUUGUUGAUUUUCCAUCCUCUAAUGGUCGAUCGGAUAGUGACGAUUCCGAUAGUUCAGAUAGCUCAGAUGACGAAAAGGGAGGCGGUAUUGACGAAAAUGACUUGUAAAAGUCGCUCGAGCUGGAGGAGAACGAAAAUAGUCGUGUAGUCAUCGCGCUGAGGGGCGGUCGUUUGUCGAGCAGAAAUGUGAAUGAUGACGCAACAUGGAUACAUGAUGAACGCCAAAAUGUCGACCAGAUAUUAAUCUUGCUACUCUCUCAGGAGGUAUCCUCCCCAAAAUCUAAAUCCCGAAUAAUGUGACGUCCUGGUUAGAUAAAGAGCCCUCGUCUCAGUUCUACUUUCCAAGUAUCUCGUCUAAAGAUGCCUUGGCCACACAAAGAGCGGCCCUAGUGGUCUCAGCGCUCUCGUUCCCAGUUUUCAGUGGAAAGUCUAGACACUUUUUUUGAAUCAGAUCAGUGAAGACCUGAGGAUGCUCCAGUCAUGAAUGAGGAUGAAUGCUUCUUAAAAGGAACAGGAGAGAAUAGCGGAAGUCCAAGCCGAAAAAAGCGUUGAUGAAUCACAGUGACAUGAUGAGGUGUAAGAUCUAAUAUCACUGCUUACCAUGCGGCUACAAAUCAGAAAAGGGCUGUGACCUCUCAAGCCUGUCAACCCUCAACCCUGUGCAGCUCUUAAAAGUACUCAAUCAAGGUCAAUCUUCAAUACUCGGCCAUCUUCAAUGACUUGAAUACUCGUUCGUGUUCAGUCCUCGCUCAGUACUUGAUGCUGCUGCCCAUAGCUCUCCCAAAAUCUUCUUUCUUCAUAGUCAUCACCAACUCAAUAUGCUCUCUACACAACUACGCCAUCACAACCUGCUUGCUGCUCCUAGAAGUAUCUUCCGCAAAUCAGUUCUUUCGCCUCUCCUGUUUUUGUGGCAGUUAUUCUUCUUGAUGCUCAUGCUCCUGCUUAUGCAGCCCAUAUGCAGUUAUCCUUGUGUAGCCAUUUUCAAGGCGGCCUAAGUCCAAACCUAUGGUGGAGUUACUUUUCACAGAGCCUUGAGUCCCCUUCUCGCGAAGCGAGUAUCCAUAAGCUUCAGCUUCCUUUUGCUUCUUUAGUACUUCCAAAUCUUUCCCCCACUCCUCGAAGAUCUUUCUACGCUUCCAUGAUGAGUCGAUUGUGAAAUUCUUACCUACUUUAGCUGAAAGUAGGUGACGAAUAAAAGCUUUGGAGACCUUCUGACGUGCGAAAUGACACCAACAAAUAUGUUACACCUUUGAAAAUCCUAGGGUACACUGUGGGUGAAUUUCCUCCACCAGUAUUGCUUCAUAUGUUAUUGUUAAGUGAACAUUAUCUCUUCAGGCCCUAAGGUUGGGACCGCUCAGCGGCAACUGUUCCUGAGGUCGUGGCUGUUCCUCAGACGCAGCCUGUUCCUGUUCCUCAGAUAGAGAUAGGGGCGACGCCUUCUGCGCGGGCGAA